AAAAUUGGAACAGGCAGACAGCGACAACGGAUACAAGAACGGAGACGGCCAUACAAAAACGUUGACAAGUUAAAAAGAGUUGAUUAUUAUAUCACAAUUACCACUGAAUAUAUCUAGAAACACACACACACACUCACACACACACCUGUAUAUAUAUAUAAAUCUGUGUAACGUAAGACCAGCAUCCCAAUCGAAGCCAAGUCGUCGACCACAUUGCCCGACAUUUGACGGCACACUGGGGAAUUGCAUAGACAUCGAGAACUCGGUGGCGGUGGUGCAGCACAAGCUAGUGCAUAAGAUUGUCGGUGGUAAAAUGUCCACACGAGUUCUAUACUAUUUACCCCCGAGCCCGCCAUGCCGGAGUAUUUUGCUGCUGGCCAAGAUGUUGGGCCUGGAGUUUGAGCUAAAAAUUGUCAAUAUACUGGAGGGAGAGCAAUUGAAACCGAAUUUUGUGGCCAUGAACCCACAACACUGUGUGCCAACGAUGAACGACGAGGGACUGGUGCUCUGGGAAUCGCGUGCCAUAUUAUCCUAUCUGGUGUCUGCCUAUGGAAAGAGUGAUGAACUCUAUCCCACAGAUAUACGAGUGCGAGCCUUGGUGGAUCAGCGUAUGCAGUUUGAUCUUGGCACACUAUAUAUGCGUCUCACCGAAUACUAUUUCCCCACCAUGUUUAUUGGGGCUCCCCUCGACGAGGGCAAACGCGCCAAACUGUCCGAAGCUGUGGGAUGGUUCAACUCAAUUAUGGAUGGACGUCAAUUUGCGGCUGCCGAGCAUUUUACAAUCGCCGAUCUAACAUUAUUGGUAACCGUUUCACAAUUGGAGGCCUUCGAGUUUGAAUUGCAACCGUAUAAACAUGUCCGUCAGUGGCUUGAACGCUGCAAGGAGCACAUGGAGCCCUUUGAUUAUGAGGAACUAAAUGCAAGUAAGGCCAAUUUGUUGGCUGACAUGUUUAAGGCCAAGAUGAAUCAGUCGGGUGGUGCUUAAAAAUGGUGCUUAAAUGCUUAGUUACAGUUACUAGAAAUGUGUUUAGGUUAAGAAUUGUGUUAGUGUUGUAUGUAAUAAAUAAAAAU